AUGGAGGAUUCGGGAGCAAUUCUUUCUCACAUUUCAUCUCUAAAGGACAUGCUCGAUCAGGUUAAUGAAGAAAUCGAGGGUACUAUACAGAUCACGCGAGAGAUAGAAUCAGGGAUCGUGAAAUGUGAGGAAAUUGAGAGCGGUUUUGUGGCAAGAGAAGCAGAGUUGAUGAAAACAAUUUACAUGUUGCAGUUCGAGACUGUGGGAUAUGUCACCGUCGCUGAAAAGUUGAAGGCCUCUGUAAGUUCUUUGGAGAAGGAGCUAUGUGGCCUUAAGAUGAAGCGGGCCGACAUUGUAAAAAGAAUUACUGAAAAGAGGGAAAAUUUUACGGCUACGUGCCUUAGAUUUCAGGCUGACAUUGACGGGAGAGAAAAUUGUGAAGUAAGGGCAUUGUUGUCAGAGAAAGAUUCACUUGAAAAUGAAAUUCAUCUUAUGGAUAAAAAACACAGUGUUUUAAAAAAUUCGGUGUUGGCAUUUGUGGAGGAAAUUCUCGAAGAUCUUAAUAAUUCCAACUCAGUUCAAGUUGCUGGAGUAAGUGACAUGGUAGUAGUGCAGCGUUACAGUAGGUCACCUUUUCCUGCAGAACUUGGGAAAAACUGA